AUGGUCAUCUCCUCCUCCGCCACCGCCGGCCGCUACACAGGCAUGUUCCUCAUGUGCGCCGGCUCCUACGCGGCGUUCAACGUCGUCCAGGCCUGGAUCGCAAGUACCAUUCCGCGAACCCGCACAAAGCGAGCCAUCGUGUACGCGCUCGUCAAUCUGUUCGGCAACUCGUCGAAUAUCUAUGGCUCGUAUUUCUUUCCCACCAGUGACGCGCCGCAGUAUCGGUCUGGGGGGAUCAUUCUGUCGUCAUUCGCCGCGGGGGGUGUCGUCAUGUCGUUGAUAUUGGCAGCAUAUCUACAUUAUCUGAAUAAGAAAGCUACAAAGGAGGAAGAGACAGAUGGCCGGAUGAGAUAUAAGUAUAUUUGGUAG